AUGCAGACUCUAGUUAUGAGCUUUUAUCUUUACAUAUUACUUCUCAUUGUUCCUUUGUUAGUUUUGCUGGUGAUACUUAAACCAAAGAGUGGAUACUCUGGCAAAAAACUUCCACCAGGAUCCACUGGAUGGCCUGUGGUUGGUGAGACCAUGAGGUUCGUGUUAUCAGGGCCGCAACGAUUUAUCCGCGAAAGGCGAAGAAAGUACUCUAACGAUGUGUUUCGGACUAGUCUGUUCGGGCAAAAAAUGGCUGUGUUUUGUGGAGCGCAGGGGAAUAAAUUUGUCUACACCAAACUAUUCACCCCCUGGUGGCCAGAGUCCGUGAGCAGGGUCAUGUUUUUCCCCGAGUACACGGACACUCCUGUGAACGAAGUCUCCGCUGUGAUGCAUAGUUUCGUGCAUGAGAUUCUAAAGCCGGACGCACUAAAACAGUACGUCCGGGUCAUGGAUGCCAUGGCACGAGAGCACAUUGAGUCGGAGUGGGAUGGUAAGGGCGUCGUAAAGGUGCAUCCCCUGGCUAAGAAAUACACGUUUGAUUUAGCGUUUAGAUUAUUUAUAAAUGUUGUCGAUGUUGAGCAUGUCACGAGGCUGUUCAAUCACUUUAGGCUCAUUACUACUGGAUUAUUUUCGGUCCCGAUUAAUCUUCCCGGGACUGCCUUUAGUAAAGGCGUAAAGGGGGGGAAGAUGAUCAGAGAGGAGCUUUUGAAGAUCAUUAGCAACAGGAGAAAAGAAAUGAUGGAGAGAAGAGAAAACACCCCAUCGUCUACUGAUUUUUUGUCGCGGUUGCUUCUGGUGAAGGAUGAGAAUGGAAAGUAUUUGAGCGAUAAGGAAAUAUCGAAUAAUAUUAUUGGUUUACUUGUUGCUAGCUAUGAGACCACCAGCACUGCUGUUACCUUCAUGCUCAAGUAUCUUGCGGAGCUUCCACAUAUUUAUGAUGAAGUUUACAAAGAAUUAAUGGAAAUAUCACAGUCAAAAAAAGAGGGGGAGUUGUUGAUGUGGGAUGAUAUUCAGAAGAUGAGAUACACAUGGAACGUUGUCUGUGAAUCUCUAAGGCUUACGCCACCCGGUCACGGUGGCUUUAGGGAGGCUGUCUCUGAUGUAACUUUCGCUGGUUUUACCAUUCCAAAGGGAUGGAAGGCAUCAUGGACAGUGCAUACCACACACAAGGAUCCAGAAUGCUUUCCGGAUCCAGAAAAAUUUGAUCCAUCAAGAUUCGAAGGGAAAGGACCUGCCCCGUACACCUUUGUACCUUUCGGCGGAGGACCCAGAAUGUGUCCGGGAAAAGAGUAUGCUCGACUUGAAAUUUUGGUAUUUAUAUAUAACAUAGUUACCAGAUACAAAUUGGAGAGGAUUAAUCCCAAAGAGAAGAUAAUAUUCCACGUUAUCCCGGUACCUACUGAAGGCCUUCCGCUUCGCAUAAUUCCCCAUUCUAUAUAG